AUGAUAAUGGAGGAAGCUUUUUCCCCCGAGGGAAGUUCUGAUUACGCUUACCCAAAUCAUGUACAGGUAAGAGAUUGUUUAAUUUUGAUCUUGUUUGAUUCACUUAUCUCUUUGCUCAUUCAUUUAUUUUCUCUACUGUCCACAGUCCUUUUCUGAGGAACCUGACACUGGAUACAUGAUGAUGGAAGGAGCUUCUUGCUCUGAGAGAACUUAUGAUUACGCUUACGCAAAUCAUGUACAAGUAACAGAUUGUUUAAUUUUGAUCUUGUUUGAUUCAUUUAUCUCUUUGCUUAUUUAUGCAUUUUCUCUAUAUACUAUCCACAGUGCUUUUCUGAGGAAACUGACACUGGAUACAUGACGCCUAUGGAAGGAGCUUCUUGCUCCGAGAGAACUUAUGAUUACCCUUACGCAAAUCCUGUAAUCUCGCGGAGCACAAGAACGGGGUGCGUUCCCGCUGAUGCCUCUCUCGGAUCCCUCGGUGAUGAUGCCUCUGCUUAUCAACAAUCAUUACCAUCUGUUGAAGUCAGGUCACCAGCCAUUUAUGUAGAUAAAAAUUACGAACACACGAACAGACGAACAGAUCCUGAGGAGUAUGUUGAAAUGGGAAAGAGACGAGACGUGGAGUUUGCAGAUAGUGCAGAUAAAUAUGGUCGCAAUGGCUUAUCCAAAGUAGAAGAAGGCCCUGGAAAUCUGGUUCUCGUCGAAACUGGGAAAUUCAGAUCAUCUGCAAUUUCCCCUGAUAAACAUUACGAGAACAUAAGUGCAAAGAAUAAGUCAUCUGAUGAAGGUGAAAACGACGAGCGUUUGCGGCUAAAUGGUAGAGCCCGUGGUUUGUCGUAUGAAAACCUACCCCGUAGCAGCACAAGCCAUUUUUCAGUGGAGAGAACCGAUCCUGAGGAGUAUGUCGAAAUGGGUAAGAGAAGCGUACAGCUUGCGUAUAGUCGUGCAUGGUUUCCCCGACAUUGA